AUGACUGUCGAUUGCCCUAUAUGUCUAUGUGAUAUUGAUAAUCAGGAUUAUCAUCAAUUAAGUAGGUGCAAACAUGAAUUUUGUAGAGAAUGUUUACAAAAAUAUAUAGUUAAUAGUAUUCAAGAAAAAAAGUAUCCUUUAAAAUGUCCUUGUUUGAAAUGUGAUAUUGAAAUAGGUACAACUGAUUUAGAAAUAUUGGUAGAUUUAAGUAUUGCAGAGACUUUUUAUGACUAUGCAAAAGAAAAGGCAAUUGAUAAGGAUAAUAACUCAUUCUAUUGUUUAACCCCAGAUUGUAAAGGAAUAUACUUUAGAGUAGAAGGUGAUCCCUUUACCUUUGAUUGCGAGAUUUGUAAUAUGCAAUAUUGUUUAAAAUGUAAAGAUAUUGAUCAUGGAGAAAUGACUUGUGAACAAUGGAGAAUAGAAAGUGGACAAGUUUGUGAUAGUUUAUUCCAAGAUUAUGCAAAUUCUCAAAAAUUUAAAAAGUGUCCAAGUUGUACGAAUUGGGUUGAAAAAAUAGAUGGAUGCAAUCAUAUACACUGUAUUUGCGAUCAUAAAUUCUGUUAUAAUUGUGGGAAUUCUUACCCGUGUACUUGUGGACAAGAUCCUCAUGUAGUACAAGAACAAAUACCAGAAGAGAUUUAG